CUGUAUAACUUAAAUUAUUCAAAAAGUAAUAAUUUAAAAGAAUAAGCUGGCAACCCCAAGAGAGAGCGGGGGUGAAGAGGCGCGCGGAGGCGGCCAUUCGAAGAGGCAUGGCGGUUGCGACUUGCGAUAUUGUGAAAAUUGAUUAAGUUCAUAUAAUAUAUAUAUUAUCAUUGAAUUCGUAAGUGUUUUUCUAAUAUUUCAGAAGUGACAAGUACACAUCGCUCCACGAACUUGAGAGAAAGUAAAUAUAUAUAUUUAUCGCUAAGCCGAUGGAGAAUUACGCACGUGACGGUCUCACGCCGCCGUUACCUACGGGUAAAACAUGUUCAAGGUCAACCAAGAGAAAAGACGAUAGUUACAUGUACUCUCGAAAGAAGCGUUGUAGGUCACGCAGCCCAAGUCGCGGACGACCACGUCGCAAAAGUGGUCAUCAUGAACGUCGCAGGCAUCGACGUUCCGGAUCUAGGCUGAGAACCACUAAGAGGAAAAGCAGGAGUAGGUCACGAUCCACUUCAAGAAACCGCCGUUCACGGUACCGUCGUGACUCAUCUCACAGCCGCCGGCGUAAUAAUAGUUAUUUCUCAGACUCCACCAGUAACCGAUCAGACAGCCUACAGUCUAAGACUACUCAUAGCUCUGACGAAUGGAGCACCGGCUCGUCUACGUCGUCAGCUGAACGCGAAUCACGAUCGAGGUCAAGGGAUAGCAGAACAUACGACUCUCGGCGCCGUCAUCGCGACCGUCGUACUAAACCAAGGCGAUCCAGUCACUCAGAAAUGGAAAGACUCGUUAGUGCGAUUAGUAACCACAGCCGCAAUACGUUUGUAGGAGCGCACGAUAUAAUACCUAAAUUCGAUCCAGGACUGAAAACGCAAACUUCAAAAUCGUGGAUCAAAAAGGUUAACGAGACUGCUGAUAUGUACAACUGGAGUGAUAAGCAGAUUAUCUUUCACGCAUUGCCCAAACUCGACGGUCUAGCACGACGGUGGUAUGAAGGUUUAUCGUCAGUGAACCUUAGUUGGAGGGAAUGGCAGCGGAAGAUUCUAGAAAAUUUUCCGGAUGACAGGAAUUACGCCGACCGUUUAGUAGAAAUGCUGGAUAGGAGGAGCAAGCGCGAAGAAACUCUCGAAGAAUAUUUUACGACAAAAUUAAACUGAUAAGCCACUGCAAUAUAAAGGGAAAGGACGCAGUAGACUGCGUUAUACAUGGGAUUUAUGAUAGUAAUAUUAGAUUAAACGCGCAGGGUGCGAAUUUUAGAAGCCCAAACAAGCUCCUAAGAUAUCUGCGCAGUAUUACUGCUAAAACGUUUAAAGAUAAUCGGAAGACUCUAACGCAACCAAACAAUAGAAUAAAUAAAUCCAAUUUUAACGGAAAAGGGCCGGAUACAAGCAAAAUAGUAGAAUUUCGGGUAUUAAAUGCUUUAACUGCUCCGAAAAUGGGCAUACUGCACCAAGAUGCACAAAAGAAUGGCAAAGAUGCGUAAAGUGUAAUCGUAUGGGCCAUAUAGCAGAACACUGUAGGCGAGAUCAAGCCAAUAAGAUUACUAAAACAACCACCGACGAUAAGAAAGGAAGUUCAGAAAAUAAAGUACUACAUAUUACCGGUAACAAUGAAAAAACAAACAUAUAUAACAAGAUGGUGACCAUCAACGGUCACCAGAAACAUGCCUUCCUUGAUUUUGGCAGCCAAUGUACAAUCGGCAAACAAAGUUUGGCUGACGAAUUGUCCCUAAAACUAGAUUCUAAGGAUCUAUUACACAUUAGAGGUUUCGCAUUUGGAACAAUUCAGCCUAUUGGGAAAGCAAAGGCUGAGAUAGUACUGGAUUUUGUGAAGGCUGAGGUAGACAUAUACAUAGUGCCAGAUGAGUAUUUAAGUACAGAUUUACUAAUUGGCCAAAAUUUUACGGAAAGACCAGGUGUGGUAGUAUACAAAACUAGCACAAGCCUAACUCUAUAUUCCGAUUUCCCCGAAAAGGUUGAUUUGUUAAUCGCGGAAGAUACUACGGUUGGUAAAAUGACUAACAUCAAAAUCCGCUACGCAAACCAACACACUGGAUAUAUAUACAUACCUGGGAAUAUAUCUUACAAGAUGGACGAGGAAAUUAUUACAAUUCCUGGCAUAUAUCAGGUUGGUGAUGGUGUAGGGAUGUUGCCAGUAAUUAAUUACUCCGGAAAAGAAGUCCUUAUGCGAAAAGACAAAGUUAUAGCUCGUGCAUUACCUAUACCUAAUAUACCUACGCUUUUGCAUACACCAGUUUUAGAGGUAAAUAACAUAAUAGAGUCUGACAGUACUAAUUCUUAUAGUUAUAAACCUUUGACUAUGGACAUGUUAAAUAUAGGUACCGACGCUACGCAUGACCAACGUGAUAGACUACUAACACUACUGAACGACUAUAGGGACUGUUUCGCGUUAGAAUUAGACGAACUCGGUAGGACCCCUAUUUCUGAAAUGCAUAUCAAAUUACAGGACGAUGUACCUAUAUCCUAUAAGCCUUACCGCUUACCCUAUACAGAGAAACUGGUAGUUCGAAAUUUGGUGAACGAGCUCCUUGAUUCUGGCAUUGUGAGGGAAUCCAAUUCAUCGUAUGCGAGCCCCAUAGUCCUUGUUAAAAAGAAAAACGGCGAGUAUCGUUUAUGUGUGGACUACAGAGCCCUGAAUAAGAAAACUAUCAAGGAUUCUUACCCAAUGCCGGUCAUAGAUGACCAGUUAGAUCGUUUGAGCGGUAAAAACUAUUUUACCAGUCUCGACCUUAAGUCUGGGUACUAUCAGAUUCCCGUCGCGGAAGAUUCCAAGCAUUUAACCGCAUUUAUUACACCAGACGGACAUUAUGAGUACACCAGGAUGCCGUUUGGCCUCGUGAACGCUCCUGCUGUAUUCCAACAUAUGAUCAACAAGGCUCUGGGUAAGGAUAGAUACGAUCUGGCAAUGCCUUACAUGGAUGAUUUGUUAUCCCCAGCCACGACGAUAGAUGACGGGCUGGACAAACUCAGGAAAAUAUUGGAGUCGUUACGCAAAGCAAGUUUGACACUCAAUGUUAAGAAAUGCUAUUUCUUUCAAACAUCUUUAGACUAUCUGGGGUAUGAGGUAUCCAAAGACGGCCUAAGGCCUGGAAGCAAGAAAAUCGACGCCGUCGCGUCUUUUCCGGUCCCAACAAAUAUACAUCAUGUGAGACAAUUUGUCGGUUUGGCAAGCUUCUUCCGAAGAUUUAUUCCGAACUUCGGUGCUAUCGCCAAGCCGUUGACUAGUCUCACGAAGGCCAACGUGCCCUGGUCAUGGGAACAACCUCAAGAAGAAGCGUUUAAUACAAUUAAAGCCAAAUUGAUUCAGCGGCCUUUAUUGGCCCUUUAUGACCCUAGUUUCAUUACAGAAGUACACUGCGAUGCAAGUAAGCACGGAGUAGGAGGCAUUCUACUUCAAAAACCCGAUGAAAAGUCACCUCUGAGACCGGUAGCUUAUUUCAGUAAGCAGACUACUAAGGAAGAGGAGUUUUUGCACUCCUAUGAGUUAGAAACUCUAGCCGUAGUUCUAUCGUUGAAGAAGUUUCGCAUAUAUCUCAUCGGUAUUAACUUUAAGGUAUACACCGACUGUAAUGCCCUUAGAACGACACUAACAAAGAGGGACUUAGUUCCUCGAAUUGCACGGUGGUGGCUUCUGCUUCAGGAGUAUAACUUUACAAUAGACUACAGACCUGGAGAGAGUAUGAGACACGUGGACGCUUUAAGCCGCAAUCCCAUAACAUCGGUAGAUGACCCCGGAUUGUUGGACGGGGACGAAUUGGCGAUCAUGAAUAUUGGGACCACUGACUGGUUGCAGUCGGUACAAUUGGCGGAUCCACAUCUGAAACUAGUCAGAUCGAUACUAAACACCGAUAAGAGGGACAUAAAGGAUAUUAUGGAAAAUUAUGUUUUACGAAAUGAUAAGAUAUACCGAAAAAUUGGAGAUCAACUUAAAUGGGUUGUCCCUAACGGGGCUAGGUGGCGCAUCUGCCAGAUGGGUCAUGACGAAUCUGGGCAUUUCUCUGUAGAUAAAACCCUCGACAAGAUACAAAAAGAUUUCUGGUUCCCCAAAAUGACGAAAUUCAUCAAAAAAUACGUGUCGUCGUGCCUCAACUGCGCUUAUAACAAAGCGUCGACUGGCAAAAGCAGCGGCUACCUGCACCCUAUCCCCAAAGGGCGCACCCCCUUUCAUACCUUACAUAUGGACCACUUAGGUCCAUUUGUAAGAAGCAAAAAUGGAAACGAAUACAUUUUAGGGAUUAUUGACGGAUAUAGUAAAUUUAUAUUCAUUAAAGCGGUACGAAAUCUCAAAAGCAAAACGACUAUAAAAGUUUUAAAGGACAUUUUCUGUGUGGUAGGUGUCCCAAAAAUCAUAAUCAGCGAUAGGGGAACAAGUUUCACAUCCCUAUUGUUUAAACGAUACGUCCAGUCUAUAGGUGUAAAACAUGUUCAAAACUCCGUGGCAACCCCGCGAGCAAAUGGGCAGAUCGAGAGAUAUAACCGGACCAUACUGGAGUCUCUAGCCGCAUCCAACCACGGUCAGGAUGAACGAGAUUGGGACAUGCACAUAGAAAAUGUGCAGUGGAGCCUGAACAAUACCCGAAACAAAACUACUGGAGUCUCUCCGUCCGAAAUCGUGUUUGGUAAAAGAACGACUGGACCCAACGAAGGGAACAUUCUUAACGCCUUACGGGAAGACGACAGCGUAAACACUGACAAUGACGAGGAACCGAAUACGGAAGAAUCAACUGAUAAAGAACCGAAUGGAAACGAACCGAGUAGAUACGAACUUGACAGAGAAAAACAAAGAUCUAUAAUUCGCGAGCUAGCCAAUAAAAAUAUAGAAGAUAGUCAGAAACAGAUGAAGUUAAGAUAUGACAACAACAAGGCACCUACCAAGAUGUUUAAUUUAGGGGACUUAGUCAUGAUCCCCAACCAUCAUCUCCCCGCAACCGGAAAAAGUAAGAAGCUUCUUCCUAAAUUUAGAGGACCAUAUAAAAUAUCGGCGGUACUCAAAAAUGAUCGGUAUGAAAUUUCCAGUAUUGACGGUCUGUCAAAACGGAAAUAUAAAAGCAUAUAUCCUGCUGAUCAACUAAAGAAGUGGAUCACGUUUAAUACUGACAACAAUAGUGACGCACACGACCUAACCGACAGCGACUCCGACAUUAACUGAAUAGUGAUUUCUGACACUUACUCGUUUACUGUAUCAAACACUUAAAUAAAACUACUCUUACAGAUUUUAUAGCGGUUUUAUUAUAUUAUUAGCUGAAACUAAUACUUAUAUGUAUCACUAGCUUAUGAUAUCUUUCCCACCAGUUUACUCCUUUACCUAAUAUUUUACAGGCAUCACACAUCUACAUACAUGUGUGUGUAUUAAUAAUAUGUACAUACAACACUCACUAUUAUAAUAUAGUAGAUAUUACCUAGAUAACUUCCCCCUUCCUCUAAGGCUACAUUCCAGGAUAUACCGGAGUCAAGGGAGGAAUAAAAUCUGCCACUACGUUCACUUUGUUGGUGGAAAUGGAUACAAACCAUGUACGUAUAAAUUGGUGGUGAAGGUCACCAACCGACAUUUAUAACACCUAAUUGUCUGAGUGAUGAUGACUGAAGGAUACCGUAGCGUAAGGUGCUCACUGAGACUAGUGAAGGAUACCGAAACGCGCGGUGCUCGUCACAUUACAAAGCAAACAUUGGAGAAGGAUGCUCAUUUAUUGUGGCGCUCUCCUAUGACGUUCAACUCGUUAAAGAAUACUGUGGCGUAAGGUGCUCACUGAAACUAGUGAAGGAUACCGAAACACGCGAUGCUCGUCACACUACAAAGAAAACGUUGGAGAAGGAUGCUUAUUUAUCGGGGCGCUCUCCUAAGACGUUCAAUUCGUCAAACUACAAGACGGCACUAAUCGAUGCAGAUUUGUAUCUUACUUACUAGUUGGCCUCUCUAAUAAUACGUUAGAGAACCAUUAAUUGUUAUCGUAACUAACUAAUCUAAUAAAUUAAAUAUUAGAGAUAACGCUACAAAUCAACCUCAAGUAUUUUGCAAUAAUUGUAAAGAUAAUAAUAUUAUUAUAUUUUACUUCUGGAAAUCAUAAAAUUCACUGAAUUAGUGGCCAGACAUUAACUUAAACUUGUUUGACUGACACCAAAACCUAACUAAUUAAUUUAAUUCUCAUAUCCACAGACCCUUUACUGGAUUAAACCAACCGAAUCUCUGGACGACUACAAAAGGCGGAUGGAGAAAUAAACUUCAAAAGAGCGGAAGAAAAUAGACAAAAUUAUUAUAGGAGUAAAGCAGUUAACUUGAAGAAAUUAUGGAAACUGAUUUACUUCACAAUCAUUAUCAUGAAACUGUAUGAGGACAUACCACGUACAGCUCGAAUGGCCGACACGGAAUAGGGUCAUUCCGUUAACAGGACGGCCGUCUAUUAGCUGUAUAACUUAAAUUAUUCAAAAAGUAAUAAUUUAAAAGAAUAAGCUGGCAACCCCAAGAGAGAGCGGGGGUGAAGAGUCGCGCGGAGGCGGCCAUUCGAAGAGGCAUGGCGGUUGCGACUUGCGAUAUUGUGAAAAUUGAUUAAGUUCAUAUAAUAUAUAUAUUAUCAUUGAAUUCGUAAGUGUUUUU